ACGGGAGGGCCAUCCCGGCAAUCUCUUUCCGCUGCGGCCUCGCCGCCGAGCCAUUUACAUAUGGCGUGAAAUCCCACGUAUCGACCUUCAAGUUUGUUGCUUGCUCUUCCCUCUCCAGCGUUGCGCACUCCUUACAUUGCCUACGUUUUUAUCGUCCAAGAUAGACCUGCUUUUGCUUGAAGGUGUUUAUUCCCUUCUUGACCGUUCAUUCUCACCAGUCAUUCAUUAUUCAAAUAAAAUUAUUCACGCGAUAAUAAUACAUUCCACUCUUUCGAAUAUCCGCCGUUUAAUCCGUCAAAAUGUUGGCCAAACAGCAGUACUCAGCCAUCUUGUAUGCCGCUCUUUUCGGCUCGCUCGUCCAGGCCGCUCAGUUCCCAACCUGCAUUACGAGUUGCAUCCGCCAGUCGGGAUGUUCUCCCACCGAUACGGACUGCAUGUGCGAGAAGUCCAGCGACAAAUUUUUGUCCGACGCUGUAAUAUGCAUGAACCAGUGGUGUCCGGCAGACACCAAGUUCUCGGACCUUGUCGGUCCUAUUCAGUCUAACUGCGAUAUCCCUCAGUCUGCCAUUGAUGCUGCGCAGGCGAAGGCGGGAUUUGACACCGGUUCGACCCCUUCCUCCACGUCCAAGCCCAGCGCCACGGGUGACUCCAAGGGGGGUGCAUCGGUCUCGAUCAUCAUGAGUGUCGGUGAGCCAGCCAAGAUCGACCCAACUGGAGCGUCUACCUCGGCACCCGCGCCGACCCCUACUGGUAAUGCCAGCAAGGGUAGCUCCGGCACGACUGUCUUGGGUGACAGCACUGCGGUUGUCACCCAGACUCCUACCGCGUCUGGAUCUCUACUUGUUGCAGCUUCCACCUUCAGUUCCGCAACCGGCAGCCCCUCCAGCACCGCUGGCUUCGGCGACUCUUCUAGCGAUAGCACCACACAGAACUCUUCUGAUGGCAGCCCAGCUGGUGGUUCCACCGCAGAGGGCGCCGGUGCAACCAGCCAAGCCUCUAUGCUGGCUGCCGUCCUAGCCGUUGCCGCCGCCAUGGCCUUCGGUUGGUAAACGAACCAUCAUUUCUUCGUCCAUACCUAUUGAUAGCGGUUGCAUUUACAUUUUUUUAAGAUUCUACAUGUAUGUAUUCAGACGUGGCUGUUCAUAAAAAAUAGAUACCCUGGAUACCCAGUUGGGUUCUCGAUGAAGGGCUCCGUGUCGCACCGGUUGCUCGACACUGAAAACAAGCAAGCUUUGGAGUCGUCGAGACAUGGAUAAGAGUGAGGGAAGACGCCGCGAAGCGCCAGGGCCUAGUGCGAAGGCACGCUGCGAUUAUAGAAAAUAAUUUACAAGCUUGAUUCCAUAUUUCGAGCUAAGAAAAUUGUCUAGUUUGUACAGUUUUUAUGUGAAACAGGCCGUUGGGGAAGUCCUUUAAGUACCUAUGUAGUCAUUUGACACCGAUUCAAUACUCUCA